AUGCGAGAUCUCUGGUUAAACGAGUCGAAGAACAAGAAUUUUGUAUUAUCUCCAUUCUCAAUAGACACUGCUCUAGGUUUAUUAGCUUCUGGAGCAUGUGGUGAAUCGUUGAAACAGAUAUUAGCCUUCCUCAACUCUGAAAUCCCUGAGAAUAUAAAUUAUGGUAAUUCUAAACACAUUGAGUCGUUAUGCAGAACAUGGAAGGAACCCAAACUUUCUUUUGUUAGUGGUGUUUGGAUCGAUGAAUCUUGUCCUAUUAAACCUUCAUUCAAAGAAGUUGCCACCGCAAUAUAUAAAGCAGAAGCUGAAACUGUGGAUUUCACAAAUCAGAGUUUGGUUCCGACAGGAGAAUUCAAGGUUCCAAAGUUCAAAAUCCUUUUUAAUCUUGAAGCAUCAAGAGUACUCAAAGAACUGGGCUUGGUUUUUCCUUUUGAUCCAUCCAAAGCAGAGUUGAUGGAUAUGGUGAAUAUUACCGGUAAGCUUCAUGUUGAGAAAGUUUUUCACAAGUGUUUUGUUGAAGUUGAUGAAGAAGGAACUGAAGUCGCUGCUGCUACUGCUUUUGCGGGGGGUUAUGGGGCCCGACCGGCUCCAAAAGUUGCACCACCUCCUCGUGUCGAUUCUGUGGUAGAUCAUCCUUUCAUGUUCAUUAUACAAGAGGAGAAAGUGGUGUGGCUUUGUUCAUGGGACAUGUCCUUAAUCCUUUGUUAG